UGCAGACACGCGUGUUGGCUCGGUCCUCUCUUUCCACCCAACCUGCCCUCAGUGUGAGGACACUCGGUCUCGAGAGUCCUCCUUCCCCAUUUGCUCCACUAGCAAUGGGAUUGCUUGCACUGUAGUGUCACCCUGACUGCAAUCGCGUCGUAAACAACUCACCCCUCCACGCUCUAGGCUCAGUGUGAGAGCCGCGUCCGUCCAUCAUGGCGACUACUUCGCACAUGUUUAUGUACUCCCUGACGAUCCAGCCUCCGACUGCGAUCUCCCAAGCAAUUCUGGGUCAGUUUGCAGGGACAAAGGAACAGCAGAUCGUCACCGCGUCCGGGUCGAAGCUCACCAUCCAUCGUCCCGAUCCGACGCAGGGCAAGGUCACUCCGCUCUUCUCCCAGGAUGUCUUUGGCAUCAUCCGCUCCCUAGCUGCCUUCAGGCUGGCCGGUAGCAACAAAGAUUACAUCAUCAUUGGCUCGGACUCAGGUCGCAUCACCAUCAUCGAGUAUGUGCCCUCGCAGAACCGGUUCAACCGGAUUCAUCUCGAGACUUUUGGCAAGUCUGGCGUGCGCCGCGUGAUCCCGGGCCAGUAUCUGGCGGUCGACCCCAAGGGCCGCGCGUGUAUCAUUGCUUCUGUGGAGAAGAACAAGCUUGUAUACGUCCUCAAUCGGAACUCGCAGGCCGAGCUGACGAUCUCGUCCCCGCUUGAAGCCCACAAGCCCCAGACCUUGGUCUUUGCCAUGACAGCGCUGGAUGUUGGGUAUGAAAACCCAAUCUUCGCCGCUCUCGAGGUGGACUACUCCGACUCCGAUCAGGAUCCUACGGGUCAAGCUUUUGAGGAGCUUGAGAAGCACAUUGUGUACUACGAGUUAGAUCUCGGUCUCAACCACGUUGUCCGGAAGUGGUCUGACCCGGUCGAUCGCACCGCCUCCAUGCUUUUCCAAGUUCCUGGAGGCGCUGAUGGCCCCAGUGGUGUUCUGGUGUGCGGGGAGGAUAGCGUCACCUACCGUCAUUCCAACCAAGAUGCGUUCCGGGUGCCGAUUCCUCGUCGUAGUGGUGCCACCGAGAACCCCGAACGUAAGCGCUGCAUCACUGCUGGUGUCAUGCACAAGAUGAGGGGUGCUUUCUUCUUUCUCCUGCAGACCGAAGACGGUGAUCUCUUCAAGCUCACCAUUGACAUGGUUGAGGAUGAUAACGGUCAACUGACUGGUGAGGUCAAGCGACUCAAGAUCAAGUACUUUGAUACUGUUCCGUUGGCGUCCAGCUUGUUGAUUCUCAAGAGCGGUUUCCUGUAUGUUGCUAGUGAGGCUGGCAACCACCAUUUCUACCAGUUCGAGAAGCUCGGUGAUGAUGAUGAGGAGAUCGAAUUCACCAGCGAGUCCUACCCGGCUGAUCCCUCGGAUCCUUGUGAGCCGAUCUACUUCCAGCCCAGGGGUGCAGAGAACCUCAACCUUGUGGAGACGAUCAACUCUCUCAAUCCGUUGAUCGACAGCAAGGUUGUGAAUAUCUCUGAUGAUGAUGCCCCUCAAAUUUACACUAUCUCUGGCGCUGGCGCUCGGAGCAGUUUCAGGACGCUCAAGCAUGGCCUCGAGGUGUCGGAAAUUGUCGAGUCGGAGCUUCCGAGUGUACCUUCCAACGUUUGGACUACCAAGCUUACCAGAUCCGAUGAGUUUGACGCCUAUAUCAUCCUUUCCUUUGCCAACGGUACACUUGUGCUCAGCAUCGGUGAGACGGUGGAGGAAGUUACGGAUACCGGCUUCCUUUCUACUGCGCCAACGCUGGCCGUCCAGCAGCUGGGCGAGGACUCUCUUAUUCAGAUCCACCCCCGUGGUAUCCGUCACAUCUUGGCGGAUCGACGUGUGAAUGAGUGGCCCGCCCCUCAGCAUCGGUCGAUCGUGGCUGCCGCAACAAACGAGCGUCAGGUCGCUGUGGCUCUUAGUUCCGGUGAAAUCGUCUACUUCGAGAUGGAUUCUGAUGGAUCUUUAGCCGAGUAUGACGAGCGGCGUCAGAUGUCUGGCACUGUCACCUGCCUUAGCCUGGGAGAAGUUCCUGAAGGUCGUGUUCGGAGUUCAUUCCUGGCUGUCGGGUGUGAUGACUCGACGGUUCGCAUUCUGAGCUUGGAUCCGGACUCGACUCUUGAGAACAAGUCCGUCCAAGCUCUGACGGCUGCUCCCUCAGCUCUCAACAUCAUGUCAAUGGCUGAUUCCAGUUCCGGAGGGACGACUUUGUAUCUCCACAUUGGUUUGUACUCAGGUGUCUACCUCAGAACCGUGCUGGAUGAAGUCACUGGUGAGCUGUCGGAUACCCGCACACGCUUCCUGGGAUCGAAGCCUGUGAAACUCUUCCAGGUCUCGGUCAAGGGACAGACGGCUGUGCUUGCUCUAAGCUCGCGUCCUUGGCUCGGAUAUUCUGACGUCCAAACCAAGGGCUUCAUGCUCACUCCCCUGGACUACGUCGGCCUUGAAUGGGGUUGGAACUUCUCUAGUGAGCAGUGCGUGGAGGGUAUGGUCGGUAUUCAGGGCCAGAACUUACGGAUCUUUUCCAUUGAGAAACUUGACAACAACAUGUUGCAACAGUCGAUCCCUCUGGCAUACACUCCGCGCCGCUUCCUGAAGCACCCUGAACAGCCGUACUUUUACGUCAUUGAGUCUGACAACAAUGUGCUGUCUCCGUCCACUAGAGCGAAACUGCUAGAGGACUCCAAGUCCCGCGGCGGUGAUGAGACCAUCCUCCCGCCAGAGGACUUUGGAUACCCCAGGGGCACCGGUCAUUGGGCUUCUUGCAUUCAAGUGGUCGAUCCCUUGGAUGCGAAGGCUGUCAUUCACACCAUCGAGCUAGAGGAGAACGAAGCGGCGGUUAGCAUCGCGGCGGUCCCAUUCACUAGCCAAGACGAUGAGACCUUCCUGGUCGUAGGAACAGCGAAGGAUUUGACCGUGAACCCGCAAUCUUCCGCCGGUGGUUACAUCCACAUCUAUCGCUUCCAAGAAGAUGGACGAGAACUUGAGUUUAUUCACAAGACGAAGGUUGACGAACCUCCCCUCGCCAUGUUGGGAUUCCAAGGCCGCCUGGUUGUUGGCAUCGGAUCAUUGCUUCGCAUUUAUGACCUCGGUAUGAAGCAGCUUCUCCGUAAGUGCCAGGCACCUGUAGUCCCCAAGACCAUCGUCGGUCUCCAGACCCAGGGUUCCCGAAUUGUCGUCAGUGACGUCCGGGAAAGUGUUACCUACGUCGUGUACAAGUAUCAAGAGAAUGUCUUGAUCCCGUUUGUUGAUGACUCCGUGUCGCGUUGGACGACCUCCACCACUAUGGUCGAUUAUGAUACAACUGCUGGUGGUGACAAGUUCGGUAACCUCUGGCUGCUGCGUUGUCCCAAGAAGAUAUCUGAAGAGGCGGAUGAGGAUGGGUCAGGUGCUCAUCUGAUCCAUGAGCGCGGCUAUCUCCAAGGAACCCCCAACCGCCUGGAGUUGAUGAUCCAUGUGUAUACCCAGGACAUUCCAACCAGCCUGCACAAGACUCAACUCGUUGCCGGUGGUCGGGACAUCCUCGUCUGGACUGGUUUCCAAGGUACGAUCGGUAUGCUGGUGCCGUUCAUUAGCCGAGAGGAUGUGGACUUUUUCCAGAACCUGGAGAUGCAGUUGGCUGCACAGCACCCUCCUCUCGCUGGACGGGAUCACCUGAUCUACCGGAGCUACUAUGCGCCGGUCAAGGGUGUCAUUGACGGAGACCUGUGCGAGAUGUACUUUUUAUUGCCUAAUGAUACGAAGAUGAUGAUCGCAGCGGAACUGGACCGUUCAGUCCGGGAAAUCGAGCGCAAGAUUUCGGACAUGCGAACCAGGGUGGCGUAUUGAUUUAAACGGAUUUGGCGCUUAUCAGGACUAAUUCUGUAUGCGGGUUUCAGAUACCCCAUAGUUAUUCUGCAUGAACUUGUACAUUUACAUCCAAUACCAGAGGGAUUGAAUCCGGUA